CACCGGCAGAGUAUCCUGCUGUGCAAAACGCGCACGAGCAAUAUGGGUUUGUGGUGCUGCUUGAAUGUGGCUCUGGCUGGCUGGCAUCUUCGCAGAGGAGCCUAGACAACACGGAGUCCGUUAUUUUUUCCUUCAAAUGGCGACUGAAGGACGUAGUCAAGAGGCGAGAUUACGCUAUUAGGGAUGCGAUUUAGAAGGGACAUCAUAUAUACUGCUCAUGUGCAAAAGAAAACUACGCGCAUAAGACUGCUAUAGAUUUGGACAGGAAGUUUAUACAAUUGUAUGUAGUGUGCCGCAUAUUUAAGUCACUCUAUUUAAUAAUAUGGUUUUCUCGUGUUUUCUUAAUCGGUUUAUUUGCUUUUGAUGAGACGUGGAGUAGGAAUUGUAUUUCUCAAUUGGCCUUUCCUUGUCAAUGUCAUGAUAUAUGCAUUGUACUAUAUUGCAAUGCUUUGAGAUCCGAUGUACGAUGUCACUGUAUUUUGAGCUUUGAUCAGAUCACAUUGCGUUGGAGCGCAAUGCGCGAGUACAAAGUGGUGGUGCUCGGCAGUGGUGGCGUGGGAAAGUCCGCCCUCACGGUUCAGUUCGUGACUGGAACAUUCAUCGAAAAGUAUGAUCCUACGAUUGAGGAUUUUUAUCGGAAAGAGAUCGAGGUGGAUUCCUCUCCAUCGGUGCUGGAGAUUCUCGACACCGCUGGAACAGAACAGUUUGCCUCUAUGAGAGACCUUUACAUCAAAAACGGACAAGGUUUCAUUCUGGUCUACAGUCUUGUCAAUCAACAAAGUUUUCAGGACAUCAAACCAAUGAGAGAUCAGAUUAUCAGGGUUAAAAGGUUCGAGCGUGUGCCGGUGGUGCUGGUGGGGAACAAGGUGGACCUUGAGGACGAGAGGGAGGUGUCGUGUGAUGAGGGCCAGGCCCUGGCUGAGGACUGGGGCUGCCCCUUCAUGGAGACCUCAGCCAAGAGCAAAACCAUGGUGGACCAGCUGUUCACUGAGAUCGUCAGGCAGAUGGACUCGUCCUCCCUGCCUGACCGAGACAAGCCAUGCUGCUCCGCCUGCAGUCUGCAGUAACCCGGAGGGUCGGAGGAACCAAGCGCAACAAACGCAAAACUCUGAAUAUUUACUAGCUCGUGUGGCAAAAGUGGUGAAACGAUCAAAUGUGAAUUGGUUUCGUGUGAGUGUGUUGAUUACUUCAGUCUGGACUUUCUUGUUCCACUGUUGUUGAAUGUGUACAACCAAACCUUAGUCAGACAGACAUACAGAUGUGUGACACAAUUAAUGUUAGACUCUGUCUGUGGGUCAAUUAGUUGCCUUGUCUCAUUACAUUAAUCGCUGACUACAGAUUUUCUACUUGUACAGGACAUUGCGCUCAACUGUGGAGACAUGGUAAAACUGUUUUAUUUUAGCACCUCAAUAAAUUAACUUGGAAAGGU